UUAAUUGAUGAACUGCAAGUAAAUAACCUGACAGUACCCCACUGACGUGUAUUUUUUGGAAAUGGAGCCAAAAAUUGGCAAUCUUACUCUUGGCUUCCAGCGAAGCUCAACAUCUGAUGACGACUCUGGAUGUGCUUUAGAAGAAUAUGCCUGGGUCCCUCCAGGUCUUCGACCAGAACAGGUACAGCUAUACUUUGCUUGUCUGUCGGAGGAAAAGGUCCCUUAUGUUAACAGCCCUGGAGAGAAACACCGAAUUAAGCAACUUCUCUAUCAACUACCACCCCAUGAUAAUGAGGUGAGAUACUGCCAAUCUUUAAGUGAAGAAGAGAAGAAGGAACUUCAGAUAUUUAGUUCACAACGAAAGAAGGAGGCACUGGGACGAGGCACAGUCAAAUUACUCCCUAGAGCAGUUAUGCAUACACUUUGUGAACAGUGUGGUACAAAGAUAAAUGGAGGUGAAGUUGCAGUAUUUGCUUCAAGAGCUGGGCCUGGAGUGUGCUGGCAUCCAUCCUGUUUUGUGUGCUUUACAUGCAAUGAACUUCUUGUUGAUUUAAUCUAUUUCUAUCAAGAUGGAAAAAUUCAUUGUGGAAGACACCAUGCUGAACUACUCAAGCCACGGUGUUCAGCAUGUGAUGAGAUUAUUUUUGCUGAUGAAUGCACAGAAGCAGAAGGUCGCCAUUGGCACAUGAAACACUUUUGUUGCCUUGAGUGUGAAACCAUCCUUGGAGGACAGAGGUACAUUAUGAAGGAUGGUCGCCCGUUCUGCUGUGGCUGUUUCGAGUCCCUUUAUGCAGAAUAUUGUGAGACUUGUGGGGAACACAUAGGGGUAGAUCAUGCUCAGAUGACUUACGAUGGACAACACUGGCAUGCUACAGAAACGUGCUUUUCUUGUGCUCAUUGCAAAGUUUCCCUACUUGGCUGUCCUUUCCUUCCCAAGCAGGGGCAGAUUUACUGUUCCAAAUCAUGCAGUCUGGGAGAGGAUGUUCAUGCUUCUGACUCAUCAGACUCUGCUUUUCAGUCUGCCCGCUCAAGAGACUCCAGAAGGAGCGUUCGUAUGGGGAAAAGCAGCCGGUCAGCUGAUCAAUGUAGGCAGUCUCUCCUCCUGUCCCCAGCACUGAACUACAAAUUCCCUGGCCUUUCAAGCACUGCUGAUGAUACACUUUCACGAAAACUGGAUGACUUAAGCCUUUCAAGGCAAGGGGUAAGCUUUGUGGAUGAAGACCUCUGGAAAGAAAGGGGAGAUGAAAUGCCCGAUGACCCAGAAGAGUGGGCUGAACAUGAAGACUACAUGACUCAACUGCUCCUAAAGUUUGGUGAUAAAGGCCUCUUUCAGCAGCCAGUGGAAGUUGAUGUUAGAUCAAAUGAGCAGUGGAUUUGUGAGAGCAUGGUUAAAGGGAGAUCUGAGUUGAAGAAAAACAGUCAGAGCCUAGCAAGUAAGAAAUACCAAUCAGAUAUGUAUUGGACACAAUCUCAAGAUGGCCUAGGGGAUUCUGCAUAUGGUAGCCACCCGGGACCCGGCAGCAGCAGGAAAAUCCAAGAGUUGGACAUGGAACAUGGCACAACUAGAUACAAACAUGACCAAAAGAAAUGGUAUGAUGAUUCAUUGGAGUGUUUGUCAAACCUGAAACAACAAGAGCAGUGUGUUCGGGACUCGAUGGAUUCCCUUGCUUUAUCUAAUAUCACAGGUGCUUCUGUUGAUGGAGAAGUCAAACCAAGACCUUUGUAUUCCUUACCAACCUAUCAAGAAGUUGAGGAUUGUGAGAAAAUGAGCAACAUGGGAACUUUGAAUUCCUCAAUGCUUCAUAGGAGCACAGAGUCUUUAAAAAGUUUGAGCUCUGAAUUAUGUCAAGUUGAGACACUGCCAGAAGAAAAGCCAAUGCACAUGCCAGUACUAAGAAGAUCCAAAUCUCAGACUAGACCUCAGCAAGUUAAGUUUUCUGAUGAUGUUAUUGAUAAUGGAAAUUAUGAGAGUCUUGACAUUCGUCAGCCUCCCAUGAGCGAAAGGACUCGCAGACGUGUUUACCAGUUUGAAGAUCAUGGGAAGAGACACCAACAUCGCCGCAGGAGAAGUAGAAAGUCUCGAUCUGACAAUGCACUUCACUUGGUUGCAGAAAGAAAACCUUCCCCAAAGGAGAGACUUAAUUUUUAUUCUCCUCAGGAUUAUGACAAGUUUAUUCAGAAUAAAAGCCCUCACGCCAUUCGGGCAUACACUCCAAACUCAUAUAGCCAGUAUACUCAUACGGCCUCUGACUAUGCAGUGGAGAACCAGAGAGACCAGUUUUUCAGAUUCUUUGAGGAGGAAGACUCUUGGUGUUCAUCUUCAUCAUCAUCUGAUUCUGAGGAGGAAGGAUACUUCUUAGGACAGCCCAUUCCACAGCCCAGAUCAGUGAGAUAUCCCUACUAUACAGAUGUCCUUUCUAGUCCAAGUGCUGAACUGCCCGGUUCUCAGUUUGGACAGAGGACAACAAAAUCUAAAAAGAGAAAAGCACACAAAGGCAAAAACUGUAUAAUUUCUUAAGUUUUACUAAUAAGUAUGAACUCUGUGCCUACACUGUUUUUCAGAUCUUAUGUAGAAAAAUGGUUUAAAUAAAGCCUAUAGCAUGGGCAAUUUUUGUCCAUGUCUUCUGUCACGGACCUGCAGUUAAUAAUCAACAGAUUUAGGAGUGGAGGAAGAGCAAAUUGAAAAUAGGUUUAAUACAGUUGAUGUGGCUUUUAAGAGGCCAUGUCAGCAAUUGAAGAUAUUCCAGGUAUGAGCAAUUGCCAUAGUCUCUCACAAUUAGCUGCGAUGCCUAGGGCUGAUGGGAGUUGCAGUCCCAACAGCUUCUGGUGGGCCACAAAUUCCCCACCCUGCUGUAGCCAAAUUAUUAUUUUAAUUGCUUGGGUUUGUGCACUUUCUCUUCUGUGGAAUGGGGAGAAGGACUUCAGCAGCCUUUCCUUUCACUUUAUCUGAAUUUCUGCCUGUGUAUGAGCCAGGGGUAGUAUCGUAACUGACCAACGUUUGUUAUAAACAAGCAAAGUUGAUACCCUUGGUUUGAAGUUGGCUUAUUUUGAAUUAACCAGAGUUUUUAAUCCCUGGUUCACACAGAAGCCAACUUCAAACUUUGGGUUAUGAAGCUGGCUUGUUUAUAACAAAAUUCAGUGAGUUAAAACGCUAUCCCUGGUUCACACAAGGCAAGUCAAAGGUCAGGGAAAGUGAAAGUAAACACUCCCACAGCCAUCCUCCCAUUCAUAUGGGUGCCAGGGAGUGCACAAGGUUUGGAAUGGCUCCCUUCUGCUUGUGUAUGUUGUACUAAACCAGUAGGGGCAACCUGGUG